AUGAAUACACAGUUCCCAGCAAUUUAUGAUUUUCCGCCGUUAUAUACGCGACAGCCGAAUUCACUCAUCCGUGAGCAACAAUUGGACACUUGGGUUGACGUUCUGUUGCAAUAUGCAAAGGCGAACCGUAUUUGGCUCAUGGCCAGCGACGGACAUCCUCUAGAUCCACGGGGAGAGCAAAGCAUAUUUGUUAAUUUUAAACUAGAUCGACAGGUACAAGGCCCAUUCACUCAGGAGAUCUGGUCACAUGCGCUACGAAAGGGUGUUGUGCUCAAGGAUGCCAAUGAUAGUUACUUUAUCCUUUGGAAGUCUCUCGAGUCAUGGAGCUCCCUGAUGCUACAGUGGUUCGAAACAUGUGGUAAACUUAACCAAGUCGUUACAAUUUACGAGAUAGUCAGCGGCGAUGAUUCGUCUACAUGGGAAUUUCACGGCAUGAACGAACGAGUUUGCGAGCUCGCACUAGGUAAACUGGUGGAAAGGGGCAGGGCCACUUUGAUCAGAAAAGACGCUAAAGUAGUUGCGGUGAAAAUUGUGUAA